ACAGCUGAUUGCAAUGCAGUUCUUAAAGCUCUACAGCCCAUUUUUCAGGAGCAGGGAAUGACAGAGACAGUUCAUAACUGGGAAGACCAUGGCUAUUUAGCAACCUACGUUAAAAAAAAUGGCAGUUUUGCAAAUUUGAGAAUUCACCCUCAUGGAUUAGUGUUGGUAGAUCUGCAGAGCUACAAUGAUCAUACAAAAGGAAGAGAAGAGGUUGAUCAGCUUCUAAACAAAGUGGAAGAAAGAAUGAAAGAAUUGUUUGAUGGCAAUAUAAAAAGGGUGAAACGACUGCCAGCCAUUUUGAGAGGAGGUGUCAUUGAUAGAUACUGGCCUACAGCUGAUGGGCGCCUGGUGGAGUAUGACAUAGAUGAAGUUGUUUAUGAUGAAGAUUCACCUUUUCAGAAUAUUAAAAUUCUGCAUUCAAAACAGUUUGGGAAUAUUCUUAUCCUCAGUGGGGAUGUCAAUCUGGCAGAGAGUGACCUGGCAUAUACUCAAGCCAUAAUGGGCAGCGGAAGGGAAGACUACACUGGGAAAGAGGUGUUAAUCCUAGGAGGUGGUGAUGGAGGUAUACUAUAUGAGAUAGUCAAACUGAAGCCAAAGAUGGUUACUAUGGUAGAGAUUGACCAAAUGGUGAUCGACGGGUGUAAAAAAUACAUGCGUAAAACAUGUGGAGAUGUCUUAGACAAUCUGAAAGGAGAGUGCUAUCAGGUUCUGAUUGAAGACUGUAUUCCCGUACUGAAGAGGUAUGCCAAAGAAGGAAGGAUGUUUGAUUAUGUAAUUAAUGAUCUGACAGCUGUUCCAAUCUCCACGUCGCCAGAAGAAGAUUCCACAUGGGAAUUUCUGCGGUUAAUUCUUGACCUCUCCAUGAAAGUCCUGAAACAAGAUGGAAAAUACUUCACACAG